GUUGCUGAUAUGUUGUUGGAGCUGUGUGUUACUGAACUAGAAGAUGUAGCAACUGAUUCACAAAGUGGUCGCCUCUCUUCACAACCAGUUGUGGUGGAAAGCAGCCAUCCAUAUACUGAUGAUACAUCUUCUAGUGGCACUGUUAAAAUACCAGGUGCUGAGGGACUGAGGGUAGAAUUUGAUCGCCAGUGUUCUACAGAGCGGCGUCAUGAUCCACUUACCAUAAUGGAUGGCGUCAACAGAAUUGUUUCCGUCCGAUCAGGUCGUGAGUGGUCAGAUUGGUCUAGUGAGUUGCGAAUUCCGGGGGAUGAAUUAAAGUGGAAGUUCAUCAGUGAUGGCUCUGUGAAUGGAUGGGGAUGGCGAUUCACUGUUUACCCUAUCAUGCCAGCUGCAGGCCCUAAAGACCUUCUCUCAGAUCGUUGCAUUCUUUCAUGUCCCUCAAUGGAUUUGGUUACGUGUUUGUUGGAUUUUCGCUUAAAUUUUGCUUCCAACAGGAGUAUAGUUCCUCGCUUGGCAGCUUCUCUUGCAGCUUGUGCUCAACUGAGUGCCUUGGCUGCUGGCCACAGAAUGUGGGCCUUGCAGAGACUACGGAAACUACUCACAACUGAGUUUGGCCAGUCUAUUAACAUCAACCGGAUUCUAGGGGAUAAUGAUGGAGAAACACGAGCUUUGAGUUUCACAGGGAGUGCUUUAGCUGCUUUGGUUAAAGGUCUUCCAGAAGCUUUGCAGCGACAGUUUGACUAUGAAGACCCCAUUGUGAGAGGUGGCAAACAAUUGCUCCACAGCCCUUUCUUUAAGGUGCUUGUGGCUCUUGCUUGUGAUCUGGAGUUGGACACUCUCCCUUGCUGUGCAGAGACACACAAAUGGGCCUGGUUCAGGAGAUACUGUAUGGCAUCUAGGGUUGCUGUGGCUCUUGAUAAAAGGACACCAUUACCUCGCCUUUUCCUCGAUGAGGUGGCAAAGAAAAUCCGAGAAUUAAUGGCAGAUAAUGAAAAUAUGGAUGUUCUUCAUGAGUGCCAUGAUGUCUUUAAGAGAGAACAGGAUGAGCAGCUUGUCCAGUGGAUGAAUAGGCGACCUGAUGAUUGGACACUUUCAGCUGGAGGCAGCGGGACUAUUUAUGGUUGGGGACAUAAUCACAGAGGACAACUCGGUGGGAUUGAAGGGGCAAAAGUCAAAGUCCCAACUCCCUGUGAAGCUCUUGCUACCCUUAGACCAGUCCAGUUAAUUGGUGGUGAACAGACUCUGUUUGCAGUGACUGCUGAUGGGAAACUUUAUGCCACUGGAUAUGGAGCAGGUGGUAGGCUUGGAAUUGGAGGAACAGAGUCAGUUUCUACUCCAACUUUACUGGAAUCCAUUCAGCAUGUAUUUAUAAAGAAGGUUGCAGUGAACUCAGGAGGAAAGCACUGUUUGGCAUUGUCUUCUGAGGGAGAAGUUUAUUCUUGGGGUGAAGCAGAAGAUGGUAAACUUGGUCAUGGAAACCGAAGCCCUUGUGAUCGUCCUCGUGUAAUUGAAUCUCUGAGGGGUAUAGAAGUGGUUGAUAUUGCUGCUGGGGGAGCACACAGCGCAUGUAUUACAGCUGCAGGAGACCUUUUUACAUGGGGAAAGGGGAGAUAUGGACGCCUUGGGCAUGGAGAUAGUGAGGACCAACUAAAACCUAAGCUGGUGGAAGCUCUCCAGGGCUACCGUGUGAUUGACAUAGCCUGUGGCAGUGGAGAUGCACAGACAUUGUGCCUGACCGAUGAUGAUACUGUCUGGUCCUGGGGUGAUGGAGAUUAUGGAAAACUUGGGAGAGGAGGCAGUGAUGGCUGUAAAGUACCAAUGAAGAUUGAUUCCCUUACAGGCCUUGGAGUAGUUAAAGUAGAAUGUGGAUCACAAUUUUCUGUGGCUCUUACCAAAUCUGGAGCAGUAUAUACAUGGGGCAAAGGAGAUUAUCACCGGUUAGGCCAUGGAUCUGACGACCAUGUUAGAAGACCACGACAAGUGCAGGGACUGCAAGGAAAGAAAGUCAUUGCAAUUGCUACUGGGUCUUUGCACUGUGUUUGCUGCACUGAAGAUGGGGAGGUAUAUACAUGGGGAGAUAAUGAUGAAGGGCAGCUUGGAGAUGGAACGACUAACGCCAUCCAAAGACCGCGCUUGGUUGCAGCACUUCAGGGUAAAAAGAUCAACAGAGUAGCCUGUGGCUCAGCACAUACUUUAGCUUGGUCAACCAGUAAACCUGCUAAUGCUGGCAAGCUCCCUACACAGGUUCCUAUGGAGUACAAUCAUCUGCAGGAAAUUCCCAUCAUUUCACUGAGAAACAGGCUUCUGCUGUUGCAUCACAUUUCUGAACUCUUCUGUCCUUGCAUUCCAAUGUUUGAUCUUGAAGGAAGACUUGAUGAAACUGGCCAAGGACCCUCAGUUGGGUUUGACACAUUACGGGGAAUACUGAUAUCACAGGGAAAGGAGGCAGCUUUCAGAAAAGUUGUGCAAGCAACUAUGGUGAGAGAUCGUCAACAUGGGCCAGUCGUAGAGCUCAACAGAAUACAGGUAAAACGUUCUAGAAGCAAAGGAGGACUGGCUGGGCCUGAUGGUACAAAGUCAGUGUUUGGGCAGAUGUGUGCUAAAAUGAGUUCCUUUAGCCCUGAUAGCCUUCUGCUUCCUCAUCGUGUUUGGAAAGUCAAGUUUGUUGGUGAAUCUGUGGAUGAUUGCGGUGGAGGUUAUAGUGAAUCAAUAGCAGAAAUGUGCGAGGAGCUUCAGAAUGGGCUGACCCCUCUGUUAAUUGUGACACCAAAUGGAAGAGAUGAAUCUGGAGCAAACAGAGAUUGUUUCCUAUUAAAUCCUGCUGCCAAGUCCCUCUUGCAUAUGAACAUGUUUCGUUUUCUUGGUGUACUUCUGGGCAUUGCUAUCCGGACUGGCAGCCCUCUGAGCCUCAACCUAGCUGAGCCAGUGUGGAAACAGCUUGCAGGAAUGAAUCUAACAAUUGCUGAUCUCAGUGAGGUUGAUAAAGAUUUUAUUCCUGGGCUUAUGUACAUUCGAGACAACGAAGCUACUUCAGAAGAGUUUGAAGCUAUGAGCUUGCCAUUCACUGUGCCUAAUGCAAGUGGUCAAGAUAUUCAGCUGAGUUCCAAGUACACCCAUAUUACAUUGGAUAAUAGAGCUGAAUAUGUGAGGCUGGCAAUAAACUACAGACUUCAUGAAUUUGACGAACAAGUUGCAGCAGUUCGUGAGGGGAUGGCCCGUGUUGUUCCAGUUCCUCUACUUUCACUAUUUACAGGAUACGAACUGGAAACUAUGGUAUGUGGAAGCCCAGAUAUUCCACUUCAUCUUCUGAAAUCUGUAGCAACAUAUAAAGGCAUUGAACCAACUGCUUCCUUGAUACAGUGGUUCUGGGAAGUGAUGGAAUCCUUCUCCAAUACAGAGCGAUCUCUCUUCCUGCGUUUUGUGUGGGGCAGAACAAGGCUGCCCAGGACUAUUGCAGACUUCAGAGGGAGGGACUUUGUUAUUCAGGUUUUGGAUAAGUACAAUCCUCCAGACCACUUCCUUCCUGAGUCAUACACUUGCUUCUUUCUCCUGAAGCUGCCCAGGUAUUCCUGUAAGCAAGUACUAGAGGAAAAACUGAAGUAUGCCAUUCACUUCUGCAAGUCUAUAGACACUGACGAUUAUGCCCGGAUAGCGCUGACAGGAGAGCCAGCAGCUGAUGACAGUAGUGAUGAUUCUGAUAAUGAAGAUGCAGAUUCUUUUGCUUCAGAUUCUACGCAGGACUACUUAACAGGACAUUGAAAAAACAAUAUAAGGGAUAGUUGUUACAAGCACUGAGGCAAAAUGCCAAAAUGACAAUGAAGCCAAGGACAGUUUAGGUCUCAGAAUAUAGAGUAAUUAGAGGGAUGGUAAUCUUCUGAACAUGGGGAAAGUGUGUUUGCUACUCACAGUAGGAAUUAAGGGUUACAGCUUAAACCAUCAGCUUAGAAUAAAUGGCACAGUAUAUGGGCAUUUAACAUUUAUUUUGAGAGCUGAAAGUGGUCCCCCAUAAUGCUGCACUACAUUUAGAACCUUUGUGUUUACUGAAGUGUUGUAAAUGUUUCUAUAAAUAUGGUAGUGCAGCAUCCAAAAGGCAGUGAAACCUUUAAAUUGUGGGUGCAAUAGGUUUUUUUCAUAUUAAGUGUUGUGUUCUGUGCAUCUUCUUGAUUGUAUAUUGGAAAUACUGUGCAACAACUGAAUAGUAUUAUAAAUAUUUCAACUAACUUUAGUAGAAGUUUGUUAAAAAUUUUUGAACAUUGAAUUAACAUUAUUCCUUGAAAUUCUUCUAUAGAUAAUAAAAAUGGCCAAUAGUUUCACCUCCACCCCUGGUUUGUAUAUUUUAGCUUAUGCAUUAUUUAUCUCAAAUUUGAUACCUUUCUGUGAACAGCAUCAUAAUUCUUAUCAUGGAAAGUGUACUGUAUAUAAUUUGUGCCAUGUAAAUGCAAAAGUUAUAAUUUCCCUCCAAAUAAAAGUUCUGCCACAGAAAAAAA